AUGGUGAUGAAGAGACACAGGCAGCUGCUGGUGCGAUGCGGCACCGAGGAGCAGAAGGCCCGCUGGCUGAUUCCGUUGCUCGAGGGAAAGGCCUGCUCCUGUUUUGCUAUGACUGAGCCCCAGGUUGCCUCCUCAGGUGCCACCAACAUUGAGUCUUCCAUCCGAGAGGAGGAUGGCUUCUAUGUCAUAAAUGGUCACAAGUGGUGGAUCUCAGGUAUGCUGGAUCCUCGCUGUCAGCUCUGCGUGUUUAUGCGAAAAACGACUCACACCACCAGCAGCAGUCCAUGUUCCUGGUUCCCGUGGAUACUCGGGAUAAAAAUCAUCCAGUCUCUGACGGUGUAUGGGCUGGAGGACGCACCAGGCGAAGUCCCGAGUGGCCUUCAUGAAGCCCCUGGUAGAGCAGGGCACCGUCCUGGCCGACAUUGCCCAGUCCCGCGUGGAGAUCGAGCAGGCCCGGCUGCUGGUGCUGAAAGCUGCCCACCUCCUGGACGGGGCGGGAAGGAGGUAGCAGGCCAAGGGGCCUCACAGAGGACAGGUCCUGAGGUCACGGCUGCAGGUUUGGAUAUUGCCAUGAUUAAAAUGGUGGCCCCAUCCAUGGCGAACCGAGUGAUUGAUCAUUCUAUUCUGGCCUUCGGAGCAGCAGGGCUGAGCAACAACUACCCACUGGCUCAGUUCUUCACCUGGGCCCGAGCCCUGCACUUUGCCCUGAUGAGGUACCCAGGGCGGCAGUGGCCAAGACAGAGCUGAAGCGCUGCAUUUAGACCCACAGGCCUGCAGGAGCCCAGUCGUCCCUGCAGGGCCUGCA